AUGUUGAAACAUAUGGCAACAUCAGCUACUAAGACACAUCAUUUAUUUAUUCAAACUUUAGCAACUGCAAUUUAUUCAAAACUUUUACUCCAAGUUGACUUUGUGAAUAUCGAGGAGAACAUUGCAACAUAUUUCGACUUCAACGUGAACUUUAUCUUAAGAUCAGAAAAAGUACGUGAAUGUCAGUAA